UGUCCACCGGCUUCAAUGAUUAUGAUUUCUCACUGCCUGUAGCUGACGCAUGCAAUGAUGCCAAUCACAAAUCAAAACAGCCAAAGCCAAGUGAGAAUUAUUAACCAUCAAUAAUUUUUUGUGCUUUUCAUGUGAACCCUGACGGGUAGAAAAACAAAACCCAGAAAAAUAAACCAAAUUUCAUCUCCUAAGUCAUCUUCUGAGCCAAACUCAAACCAGAAAAAAAGAAGAAGCCAUUUUUGAGUUUCUGGGUUCAAAGCAAAUCAUCAAACAUGGCUGAGGAGAGCAGAGAGGCGCUGCUGAAGAAGGUUUACUAUGAGAAUUGCCCUGGCUGUAAGGUUGAACAGCGUAAAGAGUUGCAAAGAGGGUUGCCCAUUAAAAUGAUUGUCGCUGUAUGGCUUGUUGUUCUUUCAGCUGCGCUGCCGAUAUCGUCUCUCUUUCCAUUUCUUUACUUUAUGAUCAGGGAUUUGCAUAUUGCUAAAAGAGAGGAAGACAUUGGCUACUAUGCGGGUUAUGUAGGGGCUUCAUUUAUGAUUGGCAGAGUUUUGACAUCAAUUUUUUGGGGAGUGGUGGCUGAUCGCUACGGUCGUAAACCUGUCAUAAUAAUAGGGAUUGCUGCAGUGGUUAUUUUCAACACUCUAUUUGGACUCAGUGUAAAUUUUUGGAUGGCCAUUUCUACACGCUUUCUUCUUGGAUGUUUGAAUGGUUUACUUGGACCAAUAAAGGCAUACGCAAGUGAAGCCUUUCGAGAAGAACACCAAGCUUUAGGCAUGUCAACAGUUAGUGUGGCCUGGGGUAUCGGAUUGAUCAUUGGCCCAGCUUUGGGAGGCUUCUUGGCCCAGCCAGCAGACAAGUAUCCAAAUAUAUUUUCCCAAAACUCCAUAUUUGGGAGGUUUCCGUACUUCUUGCCUUGCCUAUGUAUAUCAGUUUUUGCAUUUGGAGUAUGCAUUGCUUCUUUCUGGCUUCCGGAAACUUUACACAAGCACAAUGGAAAUACUAGAUUGCAAGAUGAUUCUUUUGAAGCUCUAGAAACUGCAUCCUAUGGGUCUUUUGCAAAUGAAGGAAAACAAAAAACUGAAGAACAGAUACCAAAAGAAAACCUCUUCAAGAAUUGGCCCUUAAUGUCAGCAAUCAUUGUUUAUUGUGUAUACUCACUUCAUGACAUGGCUUAUACAGAGAUAUUUUCAUUAUGGGCUGUGAGUCCUCGAAAGCUUGGGGGUUUGAGCUUGUCAACUGAGAAUGUUGGUGAAGUUCUUGCAAUUUCAGGUUUUGGUCUUUUUGUGUUCCAAAUCACCCUAUACCCGUUUGUGGAAAGGAUUCUUGGUCCUGUAAUGAUUGCUCGCAUUGGAGGGAUUAUCACAAUACCUCUGCUGUCAAGUUACCCGUUUAUAGCAAUGUUAUCUGGGUUCUCCCUCUACCUGAUGUUAAAUAUUGCAUCUGUGCUGAAGAAUGUCUUAUCUGUAAGUUCAGACAUGACUUUAUAUCUCAUUUCAACUUACACACUUGCAUGCAUCCUUGCGUUACAAAGACUCGGUGAACUACUAGUCUACCAUCAUCUUGAUACAGAAUCUCAUUAAAAAGCAAAACCAAACUACAACUUUGUCAUCUUAACUGAAGAAAGUAAAAAAUAACUAUAUCUACUCUACAGAAGCUCACCGAUUUAGUAAAAUAGGGGACCGAUAUGAAUUGUCCUGAUUGUAUUGCUAGUGGUGACCGUGUUCUCAUCUUGACAAUUGACUGAAUUAUUUCUACAAUUUUAAAAACAAGAUAUGCCACUUGCUUUAAGUAGACAUAGGCAUGGCUAUUUCAAAUAUCGCUUCUAAGAAACCAUGUUAUUUGAGAGUCAAUGACAAUGGCCAACUGCGGGUCUCCAAGGCUGAACAACCACAUAAGCGAAAAUGAUUUUCGUGCA